UUUGUUAUCAUCUCCAAGUUCACAACUUUCUCUCUCUCUCUCUCUCUUUCUCUCUUUCUCUCUGUGAUGAUGGAGAUUGCAUUCAUGGCAGCCAUGGGCAUGGCUUGUGCCUUAGCAGCGGCGGCGUUGGCGGCGUGGUGGACUUGGGCAGUGGUGAAUUGGGUGUGGGUGAGGCCGAGGAAGGUGGAGCGGUGGCUGAGGCAACAGGGUCUCGCCGGAACCUCCUACAGGCUCUUGUAUGGAGACAUGAAAGAGAGCUCCCAUCUGCUCAAGCAAGCUCUCUCCACUCCCAUUCCUCUCUCCAAUGAUAUUGUGCCACGCGUCAUGCCCUUCCUCCAUCGCUCCCUCCUCCAUCAUGGAAAGAAAUCAUUCAGCUGGGAAGGGCCAUUAGCACGAGUGAACAUAAUGGAGCCUCAGCUGAUAAAGGAGAUAUUGUCCAAAAAUUUUCACUUCCAGAAGCCCCAGACCAAUCCGCUGGUGAAGUUGUUAGCCACCGGCCUAGCAGACUACGACGGCCACAAAUGGGCCAAGCACAGAAAGAUUAUCAACCCAGCCUUCCAUCUGGAAAAAUUGAAGCGCAUGUUGCCGGCGUUCCAGGCGAGCUGUAGCGAGAUGAUUAGCAGAUGGGAGAACGUAAUAGCCGGCGCCGGAGAAGGGGCAGCAAGUGAAGUGGACGUGUGGCCGGAACUUGAAGCUUUUUCCGGGGACGUCAUAUCUAGGACGGCGUUCGGCAGCAGCUACGAGGAAGGAAGAAGGAUGUUCCAACUCCUGAAAGAGCAGGGCGAACUUACCAUUCAGGCCAUCAGUUCCGUUUACAUCCCAGGCUGGAGGUAUUUGCCAACCAAACGGAACCAGAGGAUGAAGCAAAUUGACAAAGAAAUUAGGGGUCUCCUGAGAGGCAUAAUAGACAAAAGAAUGAAGGGUGGUGAAGCCAGCAAAAAUGACUUACUGGGCAUAUUAUUGGACUCAAAUUUCAGAGAAGUUCAGCAGCAUGGAAAUGGGCAUAGCAACAUCAAGAAGGUUGGAAUGAGCAUUGAUGAGGUGAUUGAAGAGUGCAAGCUGUUCUACUUGGCUGGCCAGGAGACCACCUCAGUCUUGCUUGUAUGGACACUGGUUCUCUUGAGUUGGCACCAAGAUUGGCAACACCUUGCUAGACAAGAGGUUUUGCAGGUGUUUGGGAAUGAAACUCCAAGCAUUGAUGGCUUAAGUCAUCUCAAAAUUGUAACCUCCAUUCUGUACGAGGUUCUGCGGUUAUACCCACCAGCCGUUCAGUUAACUCGAACUGUGCACGAAGAGACGCAAUUGGGAGGAAUUCGCCUACCUGCCGGCGUUGUCCUUGUGUUGCCGGAAAUUCUACUUCAUCGCGACCAAGAAAUAUGGGGGGAGGAUGCCGAGGAGUUCAGGCCAGAGAGGUUCUAUGAAGGAGUGUCAAACGCGACGAAGAACCAAGUUUCAUACUUCCCAUUUGGUUGGGGGCCUCGGGUGUGUAUCGGACAAAACUUUGCCAUGUUGGAAGCCAAGAUGUGCUUGGCAAUGAUAUUGCAACGAUUCUCUUUCAAGGUUUCGCCAUCUUAUGCUCAUGCUCCAAUUGCUAUCCUUACUCUUCAACCCCAAUUUGGAGCUCAACUUAUUCUCCACAAACUUUAAUAUUGCACACGUUGUAUCCUUUGUAUUAGUAAACUAUAUAUAUAUAAAAGAAGGGCGGUGAUAUAUAGGGGUGCCACUGGAGUACCCUAUACUGCAUGGUGGGCUCCUACCAUGCACUGUAGGGUCAGCCGACGGAGUUGCCUGACUCCAUGGCCAUCCCUAUCUAUAUACAUAAAAAAAAAAUAAAGGAAAGGGACAGAAUUAAAUUAUUUUAAUUCUCCCAGCUAUGUUGUUUUCAUUCUCUCCUAAUUAAUAGUAUGUUUAGUGCUUGUUUGUUUGGUUUGAGGUUUGUC